AGGGGACUGCAUGUCAGUUCCCCAUUAUUUUUGGUAGAAUAGCUGGACUGGAAUAUAUAUUGAGUAGACAGACUAGUUUGGAAUCCAAAAUGAGUGUUAGAACCAAUGGUAAAACAAGCACAAAUGUAGGCUACUACUACUAACCUGAAUUUAGAAGGAACUGCUCGAGGUGUUGUGGAAAUUCUGCACGCGGCAUGGUUAACCUUUGAUUUGCAUUACGCCGUGACGAGGAAGUCAGUUUGCAAAAGAUCAGAAUCAGGAGAAGAAAAAAAAAAAGUUCCCAAGCAAGGCAAAGCCAGGCAAGCUUCGCGAUGGCGUCUAUCGGUAACGCUGUUUCCAGUCCAAUGGUGAUAUUGGCCCCAAAAACCAAAACGAAAAAGAAACAUUUUGUGCAGCAGAAGGUGAAGGUCUUUCGUGCCAGUGACCCAGUCUUGAGCGUUUUUAUGUGGGGUGUAAAUCAUUCGAUAAAUGACCUAAACCAGGUGCCUGUUCCUGUCAUGCUGCUGCCUGAUGACUUCAAAGCCAACACUAAGAUCAAAGUCAACAACCACCUCUUCAACAAAGAGAAUCUACCAGGACAUUUCAAGUUUAAAGAAUACUGUCCUCAGGUGUUCCGGAAUCUUAGGGAGCGCUUCGGAAUUGAGGAUCUCGACUACCAGGUGUCAUUGACCCGUAGCCCUCCUGUAAGAGGUGGGGAUGCCCAGGGGGAGGGGAUCCUCCUGACCUCCUAUGACCGCACGCUGGUCAUCAAGCAGAUCUCUAGUGAGGACGUGGCAGACAUGCACGGCAUCCUGUCUGAAUACCACCAGCACAUAGUUAAGUGUCAUGGCAGCACUCUGCUACCCCAGUUCCUGGGGAUGUACCGUGUGGGUGUGGAGAAUGAGGAGACCUACCUAAUCAUCAUGAGGAACAUGUUCAGCCACAGACUGGUGGUGCACAGGAAGUACGACCUUAAGGGCUCUCUGGUGUCUCGUGAAGCAAGUGGCAAAGAGCGGGUGAAAGAGCUGCCCACCUACAAGGACAUGGACUUCAGAAACAACAUGCAGAAGGUGUACGUGAACGAGGAGCAGAAGGAGAAGGUCAUGGAGAAACUCAACAGAGAUGUGGAGUUUCUGGUCAAGCUAAAGAUCAUGGACUACAGCCUGCUCCUGGGUAUCCAUGACUUGGGGCGGGCUGAGCGGGAGGAGGAGGAGGGAGAGGAGCCCUCCAAUGAGGAGGAUGGGGAGACUGAGAAUGACUUGACGCAGGCCCCUAACGUGGGCUCCUACGGAACGUCUCCUGAGGGCAUCGCUGGCUAUAUGGCCUCCUGCAAGCCCCUGGGGCCCGGGGAGUUUGACCCCUAUGUGGAUGUGUAUGCCAUAAAGAGUGCCCCUGGAGCCCCUCAGAGGGAGGUGUACUUCAUGGGUCUGAUAGACGUUCUGACACAUUACGACACCAAGAAGAAAGCUGCUCACGCUGCCAAAACUGUCAAGCAUGGGGCUGGUGCUGAAAUCUCCACUGUCCACCCAGAACAGUAUGCCAAGCGAUUUCGGGAUUUCAUCUCCAACAUCUUUGCAUAGCAGGACAUUAUAACCACCACCGGUACAACCAACCUUUUCCCAUUUAGAAUGGAUGGUUUUUAUGGUUCUUUCUCUUUUACUUUUGUUCUGGGACUUUCUGCCUUUUUUUUUUAAUGUACAUUUAUAUCAUGAAACAUUGACCCCAAAAAGGCAAACACACAGAUCAUGUUAGUUUGAUCUCACACCUGACUGUUUCCAUUGUUGUAAUGUAUUACUGAUACAUAUUUAUUUUUAGAUUUAUAAGAUGAAUGUGAUUCCAUAUUGAUAAGCACUCUGACUGACUUUGUAGCAAAAGGGUACUUAGGCUAAUACUGCUGCUUGUGUCCUCAUAGAGAUGUUACACUGAAAAGGAUUGAUUAGACUUAAAGGGACAACCUAGGAUUGAUACAUGGACCACUUUGUUGUUGUAUGAGUCCCAGAUUGCCCCUUUAACCCAGUCAGUUGAAAUCCUGGGUUGUGUCCAUUAGGCACCAAACAGAAGGAAACUGAGUGAAACUGGGAGGUGCAGUACUACCAAUGACUAGGUACUAACUACCUGAACUUGUCCAAUAAGAAAUCAUGGUUAUUUACGUGCUACUGAACACGACCCUGGAUUGGUCGGAUCUACUGAAUGUACUAAUAUAACUGGACAUGGGAACAUAUCAUUGUAGUGAACCCUACAGUAAAUAUCAGAGCAAUUUGUCUCAAAGGGAAAGUCUUGUGGGAUUUGCCAUGAACGUCCCUCUUCAUCAUCUCACAUUGGAUCAUAUGGAGCAUUAUGCUAUCAUGACUGGACUUGGGACCAGAGCCCAUUGUUGGACUGACAAUGUCCUUCUCAACACCUUUUGGUGCCUCAAACUGAGAAUAAUCUUUAAAGGACUUCUUAAGAAUCAAUGUUAUGGGGAAUAAGUCUGUUUUUUGUAUAAUCAUUCUAACUCCCUCUCACACGUUGUCAUACCAAAUAUGUUUGCUUGACAAUGACAGCAAUGGACCAAGCUAGAAUAAAAGAUUAGUAGAGAUAGAUGAUGGUCUAUGCUUGGUCAGAUUUGACUACUAUUAUUAUUAUUAUUAUUAUUAUUAUUAUUAUUAUUAUUAUAACGUAUGAAGAGACUCCACAGAAGAACUAGCUUGGGUAUUAUGUGUUACUCAUAAAAUAUAGCACUACAUUUCAGCUGCUUUAUGCCAUUUGAUUGCCUUAAAGAUGUGAUGAGUUUUCUAGUAUAGAAGUUGAAUACACUGACAGGCUGAAUAGUUACAGUAUGGGGAAGUGAAGCCUUGUAACCAUUGUGAUCAUUGAUUGCACAUCUUGUAUUUUUGCAAAUCAGCUUUUGGAUAAAAAUAUAUUUUACAAAGA